GCAUAAACGAUAUGAUAAGUGAUAACCCCCAAAGAAUGAAGUUGGAUAUUGUUCCAAACACCGUUACCUCCUCGACCUUGUUACCUUCCCUAAUUUUCAACCUUCCCAUCACACUUCCAUUUUCUCAACCCCAAACGACAUCUUCAGGGAGAAAGAGCUUAAUUUUUCGUUUGCAAAACAUUGAUCAUCAAAUUGAGCCAAUACCUAGUCUUCUGAUGGCAUCAGAACUAGAAUUUCCUGAACUGAACAGAAAUCUUUACCCACAUAUAGAACCGUACAGUACAGGUUUUUUGAAGGUUUCAGAUCUUCACACAAUCUACUGGGAGCAAUCAGGAAAUCCGAGUGGGCAUCCGGUUGUCUUCAUACAUGGAGGCCCUGGAGGGGGAACUUCCCCAAGUAAUCGGAGAUUUUUUGAUCCCGACUUUUUCCGAAUCAUUCUAUUUGAUCAGCGAGGUGCAGGGAAAAGUACCCCCCAUGCUUGCUUAGAGCAAAACACCACAUGGGACCUCAUUGACGACAUUGAAAAGCUACGAAAACACUUGGAGAUUCCAGAAUGGCAGGUAUUUGGUGGGUCAUGGGGAAGCACACUUGCCCUUGCAUACAGCCAAUCUCACCCAAACAAGGUUACUGGCAUGAUCCUCAGGGGAAUUUGCCUUUUAAGGAAGAAAGAGCUUGAUUGGUUUUACGAGGGUGGAGCUGCUGCAAUAUUCCCUGAUGCUUGGGAACCAUUUAGAGAUCUUAUUCCAGAAAAUGAAAGAGGAUGCUUCAUUGAUGCCUAUAAGAAGAGAUUAAACUCUGAUGAUAUCAAAACUCAGUAUGCAGCUGCCAGAGCAUGGACCAAAUGGGAAAUGAUGACUGCUCAUCUUCUUCCAAAUGAAGAGAACAUCAAAAAAGGGGAUGCUGAUAACUUCUCACUAGCAUUUGCAAGGAUUGAAAAUCACUAUUUCGUGAAUAAGGGAUUCUUCCCCUCAGAUUCAUUCCUGUUGGACAGAGUUGAUAAAAUAAGGCAUAUCAAAACCAUAAUCGUGCAGGGAAGAUACGACAUGUGCUGUCCUAUGAUGUCAGCCUGGGAUCUUCAUAAAGCUUGGCCGGAGGCAGACUUUAGGGUGGUUCCAGAUGCGGGACAUUCAGCCAAUGAACCAGGCAUAGCUGCUGAACUUGUGGCUGCAAAUGAGAAAUUUAAAAACAUAAUCAAUUACAAAGGGGACUGAAGUGAGUAGACAAGCAAAGAAGGGAAAAAAGGCACAGUUGGAGACUAAACAUAUGCUGCAUUUUUUAUCCAUAGCCAGUUUGUUGUCUGCAAGGAAAUUUAUUGCAAGUGACCGUGUAUUUCAAAAUUAGCACAGUCCCUAAACUUCCAUAGUGUUGCCUUCAUUAUUGUCAUAAUAUGCGCAAGAAAACCUAAGAUAUUGUAAAAUUGAUUGAUCAGGUUUCUUGUUGGAAACCAUUAUCGAAUUCAACCGUAUUAAAAGAAAAAAGAAAAAGCCUCUCUUCGUUUCAAUCUGAUCAUUGCA